AUGGCGGACAAGCUGCUGAACCGCAAGGGCGACUUAAUUCGCGACCAGCUUGAGUCUAAGCCUGUCCCUAUGGACACGAACGACCCCAUGUACGACAGCGAAACGGAGGACGACAACUGCUUCUACCAAGUGAUUGAAGUAGAGGCAUGCGAUUAUCGCUCCACGAUAAACAAUCAAAGCUGCUUCUCCGUGUCACGGGAACCUGGGGCACUUGUACGCCCCCCGAAGACCGCGGAAGAGUUCCGCACUGCUGUGGAUGAGACGCUCAAAGCUUUCUUUGCCAAUGCGGACUCGGUCGAUCUGGCCGCCAGGCUUCAAGCCCUGGACUGUAGGUGUUACCACGACGCUUUUGUCGUUUACGCCGUCCGAGCCUCCCUUGACAGGAAUACAGAAGACCAACGGCGAAUGAGUGCAGAAUUUGCACUUCUCGCUGAUAAGGGUCUUCUCACGAGGCAGCAGCUCUGUAGAGCAUUCGAGAAACUUGUGCAAAGUGCGGAUGACAUUGAAAUGGAUGUGCCCGACGUAGCGAGCCGACUGUUUGCGUUCAUUGAAUGCGCAUUGCUUGACAACUGCAUCGGGGCCGAUGUUCUCAGUCGUCUGCCCACCUCGUUCGUCUCAAAGCUCGACCCCGCGGUUGUUGCAAGCAACAUAGUCGUGCAGGCGGCAGUGCGCCAGAUGCAAGAGUUUAAAGCUGCUCUUUCUGAAUUCUUGGAGGACGUUUUCGAAAGUGAAGGCGUGCAUGAGGCGGAGCUUUUCCUUCAGGCGCAGGACAAGCCUCUUUGCCAGCAUGAAUUUGUUGCGAAGCUCGUCGUAGCUUCUUAUUCAAGGGGUUCUAGGGACAGAGAGCUCGCGAGCAACAUUCUGGACCGGCUUUACGGGAAGACAUUGAAGCCUGACGACCUGCAGGUUGGAUUCUCUCGCCUUGUUGGAGCAGUUGAUGACCUUGCAUUGGAUGUUCCCCAAGCCCACGAUUUCCUGACAAAGAGUUUGGCGCGGGCUGUGGUGGAUGAGCUGUUGCCCCCAGCGUUCUUGGGAGAUAGGUAUAGGCUUCAUUUUGGCGGAAGUGGAGGCAUGCAAGUCCUUAAGAAGGCGCAAAAGUGGCUUUGCGAGCAGCCAGGAAAGGCCGCGAGUGAACGCUUUAGAAAGAUCUGGACAGGAACGGACCCAACUAUGAGAGAAGCGCGCAUUUUCAAGCACGAACUCAAAGCAUGCAUUCGCAAGUACCUCGAUACGCUCGACGCUGCAGAGGCCGCUAAGGCAAUUAUAGAUAUGAACCUAGCGCCGGACCAGGAUUCAGAGGUUGUACGCAAGGCUUAUAUUUUUUCAAUGGAACGGUCGAAAGACCCAGAGCAGGCUGCAAAAGCUGUUGUGGGGCUACUCGAGCAAUUACGUGCACUAGGCGAGCUCGACCAAGAGUGCAUUAUACAGGGUCUGGCACAAAUCAAAGAUCUCCUCCCUGACAUCGAGUUGGACGUACCCAACGCCCAACAGAAGAUUUGCUAUAUGGUUGCUGCCUCUCGGAACAAAGGCCUUCUGCCUGCCGAUUAUGUAUUUGCGGAAGAAGCAGUUGAAGAUGGGCAGUGA